AUGGCGCGUAGGCCGGACGAACGUGAGCCUCUUCUUGGCAACCGCCAUAGCGACUCCCCAAAACCUGAGAGAACCCCACUUUCCCACAUCAAAAGUAUUCUCUGGGGCCCCGCAUCCAUCGAACAAUCCGUGGUCAUGAAGCUCGACCUCACCAUCUUGCCCUACUUCUCUCUGAUAUGGUUCCUCUUCGGCGUAAAUCGUGCUAGCUACAGUCAUGCUUAUAUCAGCGGCAUGAAGGAAGACCUCAACUUCCAGGGCAAUCAAUUCAAUCUGAUGAUCACCAUUUACAUGGUGUUCUAUGCUGUUUUCCAGAUACCGUCGACCUCGCUCCUUACAUUGGCGCGGCCGAAGUACGUCUUCGUUGCUGCGAAUGUGGCGUGGAGCGUUCUGACGCUGCUCACCUUCCGAAUGCAAAAUGUAUACCAGCUGUUUAUACUGAGCGGUUUCGAAGGCGCGUUCUCAGCUGUUGCAUAUGUUGGAGCACACUUCAUCUAUGGUUCUUGGUACAAGAAGUCUGAACUCAGUACCCGGGCGGCCAUCUUUUGUUGCUUCGGACAUACUGGAAGCAUCGCGGGUGGAUGGAUCCAGGCCGGUCUACUCUCUGCUUUCGAUGGGAAGGGCGGGCUACCAGCUUGGCGAUGGGUAUUCGUGGUUGUAUCGGUCAUUACGAUUCCAGUUGCUGCACUUGGAUGGAUUGUGAUACCUAACCUGCCGACGCACAGAAGUGCCUGGUACCUUUCCGACGAAGAGAAGGACAUAGCUGUCUCCCGGCUCGGCAAGACCAAGAAAGCUAGUUGGGAUCUGACAGUUUUCCGACGCGUACUUCUCAGUUGGCAAUUCUGGCUUCUGCCUAUGAUCUUCAUGCUCUACUCGCUCUGUAUCCAAGCCUGCGGCAACAAUGUCAUGCCUCUCUGGAUGGCUUCCCGUGGCUACACGACAAUUCAACAAAACACCUACCCCACCGCGAUCUACCUGUUCGCUAUCCUCGGCACGGUAACUUACUCCCUCAUCUCCGACCAUCUUCAGUCGCGCUGGCAGCCAUCCCUAGCAAUUGGUUUGACUUUCAUUGUUGGCUCAGCCAUCCUCGUCGCCGACCCUGCGGCAGAUGGCUGGCACUUCUUCGCAUUCUACCUUCUUGGGACGACAUAUGCCCCGCAAGCUGUCUGGUAUUCCUGGAUGGCGGAUGUGACGGCGCAUGACGUACAGCUCAGAGCAAUCACAACGGGCUGGAUGAAUAGCUUCGAUUUCGCUUUUGUCACAUGGUGGCCGUUGGUGUUCUAUCCGGUCACAGACGCGCCGCAUUACGAGAAGGGGUAUAUUGCAAGCUUGGUCACUGGAGCACUGGUCGUGCCAUUUGUUGGACUUAUUGCAUAUCUUGAGAUGAGGGAUCGAAGGCUUGAGAAGAUUGGAAUGAGCUUCGAAGGCGAAUGUGCAGAGGGUGCCGAAACCGCAAGAGAGGAGGUUCACAGUGGGCUAGUAAGUGUGCCGCAAAUAUCGUAA